UGGUUUCUCCUCUGUGAAAGCACUCUGUCGGAGCGAGACUGGACCGCGCGUAGUGAGAGUGCCCUGCGGUGUGGAGUGCAGCCAUGAUUCCACGCGCUCUUCUCUUCUUCUGCCUUCUCCUGGCGACUUCUGCUUCUCCCGUGAGGAGAGACACAGAGCCCGCCAAAGUGGCUCCAGCAAAGAAAAAGGACCUCGACAUCUACAGCUUCCACAUCAAGUCCACGGUCAGCAGCCGCUAUGCCAUGACUGUCAUCACCAGCCGAGUGGCCAACCGCGCCAACGUGUCCCAAGAGGUGGUCUUCAAGGUGGAGCUGCCCAAAAAUGCCUUCAUCAGCAAGUUUAACAUGAAUAUCGAGGGGCGUGUGUAUGACGGAGUGGUGAAGAAGAAGGAGGUUGCAGUGACAGAGUACACGGCGGCUGUCUCCCGUGGUCAGAGCGCUGGGAUCGUCAGUGCAGUAGGUCGGACCCUAGAGGAGUUCCAGACCUCGGUGGCAGUGGCAGCCCACAGUAAAGUCACAUUUGAACUGACCUAUGAGCAACUGCUACAGCGGAAACACGGCCAGUACGAGCUGCUGAUCAAAGCCCACCCCAGGCAGGUCGUCAAAGACUUCAAGAUCGAGGUGAGAGUUUCCGAGCAGCAGGGCAUCGCCUUCCUGAACACCAAGGGCUCUCUGCUCUCAGAGGGCCGGGGCAGUGCCCUGAACACCACUGUGUCAGAGAAAGAGGCAUUGUUGAAGUACACUCCUUCCCAAGAACAGCAGCAGUGUUCCAGCUGUGAAGAUCCAGGGCUUAAUGGAGAUCUGCUCCUCAUCUACGAUGUCAACCGGGCCCAGUCAAAGGGAGAAAUCCAGGUGUCUCAGGGAUACUUUGUCCACUACUUUGCUCCCGCUGGCCUUCAACGCAUUCCCAAAAAUGUUGUGUUCAUUAUUGACCAGAGUGGCUCCAUGCACGGACGCAAGAUGGUACAGACUCGUGAGGCUCUGCUGAAGAUUCUGGAAGACAUACCUGAAGAGGACCAUUUUGGCCUGAUCACGUUUGACAAUCAGGUGUUCCCCUGGAAAAACGACCUGGUCCCGGCCAACUCUGACUACCUGAGCCCCGCCCGCACCUUCGUGAAGAACAUCAGAGACAGAGGCUCAACUGACAUAAACGCUGCAGUGCUGGAGGGGGUGAAGAUGCUCAACCGCUUUGAAAAGACUCAGGAUGCUGCCUCCAUCCUCAUUCUGCUCACCGACGGAGACCCCACCUCUGGGGUGACCGAUCUGAAGCAGAUCCAGGCUAAUGUGAAGGAAGCCAUCGGGAAGAAAUACACACUCUACUGUCUGGGCUUCGGGUUCGACGUCAACUAUGAGUUCCUGGAAAAGAUGGCGCUGGAGAAUGACGGCGUGGCCAGGAGGAUCUACUCCGACUCAGAUGCGGCCCUCCAGCUGCAGGGGUUCUAUGAGGAAGUGGCCACACCGCUCCUGCUGAACGUUCAGCUGAACUACAGCGGCGUGACCAACCUCACCCAGACCCGCUUCGCCCAGUACUACAACGGCUCAGAGAUCGUGGUCUCCGGCCAGAUCACGGACAACGACGUGGAAGCGCUCACCGCAGAGAUCAAGGCUAACACGAAGGGCGAUUCGGUUGUGUUCCGGACCACGUUGAAGGAGCAAAAGGCUGUUCCGGAGAAUAAGGACGACUACAUCUUUGCAACGUACAUCCAGAGGCUGUGGGCCUAUCUGACUCUGCAGCAGUGCAUGGCAAAAGCGCUGUUGUUGUCAGGAGAGGAGAAGUCCCAAAUGGACAAGCAGGUCCUGGCCCUGGCGCUGAAGUACAGCUUCGUGACUCCCCUCACCUCCAUGGUGGUCACCAAGCCUGAGGGUGAACGGCAGGUGGCUCACAAACCAAAGGAGGGCGAGAAGAGAGAAGAUGAAGGUCAUUACCUCAUGCCAAGUCCUCCGAUGGGCUAUCCAGGCGUUGGAUAUAAACAAAUGUCCCCACAAGCUGCAGACUAUGGAUCUUUACCAAUGGCCCCACCAGCCAUGGGAUAUGGAGGACACAUGGGCCCGCCAGGACCUCCAAUGGCCCAUCCAGGCAGCCUCCACCCAUUGUCCCUGCCGGGACUUCACACGAGUAGUGCCAGGGUCAUCGCCAUGUCCCCACCAGUCUUCAACACUUACGCUGACUAUGAGGACCUGCAAGAUUACAGUUAUGGCAGCCGUCUUCUUCCGAAGGGUUCAUCUCCGCGUGUGCCGGUGUCAGCUGGCCGUCUUUCUCCGAAGGGUUCAUCUCCGCGUGUGCCGGUGUCAGCUGGCCGUCUUCCUCCGAAGGUUUUUGCUACGCAUUUGCCGCCGACAACUGUGGCUCUUACAGGCUCACCAGUUAGUCACCAGAAAUUCAGGUUCCUCCUCCCUGCCUUGAGCAUUAAGCCGCUGCCUCCCAGGCCUGAAAUAAUCUGCUUUGACAUCGAAGGAACGGGCAUCUUUCGCCUGAUGGAAUACAAACCUGCAGAUCUCAUCGUCAAGGGACAGGCGCGGGGAGGGGGCCAGGCGGGAUUCAGCGCCAUCUCUAUUCACAUGGGCCAGGCCAGGCCUAUGCGGGUCAACGCCACUACCAUCACUUUCGGCGUGGACCAAUACUCCUGGAGCCAAGCGAAUUAUACCAUCUUCAAUAAGGACAGUGUGUGGAUCCAUCUGACGGACAACAAGCUGGACAUGCGUUGGGGAGAGGUGUUAAUCAAAAUCCUGCUCCACCAAGAUGGGGGGGGUUACUUCCUGUGGCCAGAUAUCACAGGGUCCUCCCAUCCUUUCACUGGACUGAUAGGGUGGCUGGGAGGUGGGAUGGUCCUAAAUCAACUUCCAACAGCUCAGCUCGCCAUCAAGGGAACAGUGGUUCCAACAUCCAGGGACACAACUGUGGACUACAGAGUGCUCUCCAAGCCCACUGUGGACUGCUGGCUGUUCCAAUACAAAUCGAUCCUCCAGGGGAACCUGCCUCAUCUUAUGCUACCCACACUUUAGAGAACAGUUAUGGGAAAGCUGAGACCUGCCUUCUGGUCUGACUGUGAUGAGGGCAUCUGUCAGCGUUAUUACAGGAAGUAAAAAAAAAAAAAACUAUCACACUGCUACACAGCUUCACCAAAGUGUUUUUUUUUUUUACCGUCUUAUAACUUAACAAACAAGACAAAAUGAAAUUGUACCAGAACAAAAUGUGUUUGAAAUGAUGAAGUAAGAGCUAUUAUGUUUGCAAUGUUCAUGCAAAUAACACAAAAUGAUUUCUCCACUUGA